UAGGCCCUUGGGCAUGGUUGUUUUAUUUUAAUUUUUUGUGUGCGGUAGCUAGAAGAGAAGAGGUAGCUGGGGGCUAGCUCUGCUUUGAAGCCCAAACCAUAUCAACAAAGGAACACCGACAGAAGCCAUGUAGCAUGUCAUCUUCCAUCAAAGAAGAUGGCUCAAAAUCCAGACCCCGAAGGAACAUCAUCUCCGUCUCCAGCGACGAUGACAGCGUCCAUCGACCGAACUCUCCAUGCUAUCGGUUUCGUGUACGAGCUCGUCUCGCCAAAAAAGGUUACGGGAAGGCUCAAGGUCACCAAAACAUGCUGCCAGCCUUUUGAUGUGCUGAACGGAGGAGUGUCGGCCCUCAUCUCGGAAACCUUGGCCAGCUUGGGAGCCUACAUGGCCUCUGGAUUCCGGAGAGUCGCCGGGGUUCAGCUCUCCACCAACCAUCUCAAGCCAGCUCUGCUCGGCGAAGAAAUAGAGGCAGAAGCCAGUCCCAUCCAGGCGGGCAAAACCAUCCAGAUAGCAUGUAGAGAGAGAUCACUCUUGGGCACUUUUGUCAGAUUAGUCAGUGCAGGCAUUCUCUUUACCACAGUAUGGGAGGUGCAGAUCCGAAAGAGUGAUCCUUCAACCACAGGGAGAAAAGCACUUCUGUCAACAUCUAGGGUUACUCUAAUAUGUAAUCAACAAGCAUCAGAGAACAUGAAGAGCUAUGAAGAGACUGUAAAGAAGUAUGCCAAGCUAUGAAACAUAUACUUCAUCAUGAAUGUUCUCCAAACUAUGACAGAUCAGCACUUGUUACAAACAUCUUACUAUUAUAACUUAAAAUUUCCCAUUUUGACUCCA